AUGAACGGGGUAUCUGGCACGCACACGAUCCGCAAAGCGGACAUCUAUGACCUGCUCGGUAUCGGAUACGGACCUGCGCACCUGGCGCUCUCCAUCUCGCUCCGCGAAUCCGCCGAGGUCGCCGAGACUCACUUCAAGUACCACUUUCUGGAGCAACGCUCGCACUUUGCCUGGCACCCAUCGCUCCUUCUCCCCGGCUCCCAGCUCCAAGUCUCACCGCUGAAGGACCUCGUGACGCUGCGCGAUCCCACGUCGACGUAUAGCUUCUACAACUACCUCCACUCGCACGGGCGGCUGGCACGCUAUAUCAACAAGGAGCAGGGUGUUCCGAGUCGAAGGGAGUGGACGUCCUACCUGGCUUGGGCGGCGAGGAGGAUGAACGAGGCAGUCAGUUAUGGUCAGAACGUUGUUUCCAUCGACGCGUUUACCAUCGCAACCGGAGCGGAAGAGGGGAAGCAGGACAGCGUGGCGCUUCGACCUACGGGUGAGGAAGAUGCGCUGUGUCUCUACCGCGUCCGCACUCGGGACGAUGCUACUGGAGAGACGGUCACACGCUAUGCAAGGAACAUCAGCGUUGCCGUGGGCGGCGUGCCUCGGCUUCCACCUGCGUUUGACGCUGCUUGGGCGGCGCAGACGUCCCAAAAGGAGGUCAAGCGCAUCGUUCACAGCGGCUUCUAUCUUCCGAGCUUGCAGACACUCGAGCCGGUGCUGCACGAGACCGCCGCCUGUCGUGGCAACGAGAACCGACUCCACCUCGCCGUCAUCGGUGCCGGCCAAUCGAGCACGGAAAUGCUCAUGAACCUCCACGCGCGCUUCCCAACAGCGGUGGUCACCAUGAUCUUCCGCGCCUCGGCCCUGGUGCCAUCCGACGACACGGGUUUCAUCAAUUCCGCUGCUUUCGACCCGGAGAGGACGGACGAGUUCUGGGCCGCUAACGAGGCCCAACGUCGUCGCUGGCUGGUCGAGUUCAAACGCACCAAUUACAGUGUCGUCAGGACGGAUCUGCUCAACGAACUGCACGAUACAAUGUACGACAAGUACGAGGUGAGCCUGCCGGAGGAGCUGCAGGAUCCCAGCGAACGAGAGGCGGGCAGGAUGGAGAUGCGUCGCUGCACCGAUGUGGACGAGGUGACGCUCGUGCAGGACGGCGUGGAGUUGGUGUUGCGGGACAACCUCAAGAAUGGGCGUUUGGAGACGAUCAAGUUCGACGCGGUCUUUGUUGGUACGGGUUUCAUCAGGAGUCCUGCCAAGAUGCCCUUCCUCGACGGACUCAAACCGUUCUACCCCGCCCUAGAGGAUGGUUGGACCGCGCGCGACACGCUAUCCGCCGAAGCCGAGGUCGCUGCAUCCAUCGACACCGAGGACGAAGAAGUGAUCGAGCGGAAGAGGGAGAACCUUCGAGGCAUCACCCGGGACUACCGCCUCGUCCCCGGUGUUGCCAUGCGCACCACCCCGCGCAGCGGCAAGUCGUCCCCAGGUAGCGAAACCAGCAGCACCAGCUCCCAACAGACCCUAGCGACCGAAGGAGCAACAAAGCCCGAGGCAAGCCUCUACGUGCUCGGUGGAAACGAAGCUACGCAUGGGCUCAGCGAUAGUUUGCUCAGCAUCGUCGCGCACAGGGCGGGAGAAUUGACCACCAGUCUGCUGCACAGGCUGCCAAGGUCAAGGAGAGGCGUCGAGUCGGAGCAAAGGACGGAGGCGCACAGGACUACAGGCGCGAAUGAGGUCGGACAGAAGUUGGCCGCGUUGAGUGGGUUGGGUGUCAAUGCGUAG